AUGGCUACUAUCCCACGCUCUAAUGGUGCCCAAUCGCCAGCAGUGGGCGUCGGGCCAUCUUAUCGCCCUGAUGGAGAGAAACCCACCGCCACCGUUUCAAGAGAGGUACAGCAAGAGAACGUUCAUGUCCUGCCACAGACGCCACAACUGAUCGCCCUUCUGACCAUGAUCCGGGACAAAGACACACAAAGGGCUGACUUCAUCUUCUACUCCAACCGCAUUAUUCGCCUCCUGGUCGAGGAAGGCCUCAACCACCUACCAGUCGUCACACAUACCGUUACCUCUCCAGUGGGGAAAGACUACGUCGGCGUGCGCUUUGAGGGUAAAAUCUGCGGCGUGUCCAUCAUGCGAGCUGGCGAGUCGAUGGAGGAGGGUCUGCGGGAAUGCUGUCGCUCCGUGCGUAUCGGCAAGAUCCUGAUCCAGCGCAACGAGGAGACCAGCAAACCCAAGCUGUUCUACGAUAAGCUCCCUCCCGACAUCAAGGACCGCUGGGUACUCCUGCUCGACCCGAUGCUUGCCACUGGUGGUAGUGCAAUCAUGGCCGUCGAGGUCUUGAAGAGCAAAGGUGUUCCUGAGGACCGCAUCCUAUUCCUCAACCUCAUUGCAAGUCCCGAAGGUAUCGACAAUUUUGCAAAGAAAGUCCCCAAGGUCAGGGUCAUCACAGCCUUUGUAGACCAAGGUCUCAAUGAACAAAACUAUAUUGUUCCUGGCUUGGGUGAUUUCGGUGACCGUUUCUAUACCCUGUGA